AUGUGGGACUGUGUGAUGCAUUCCCCAGGGGUUGUCUUGGCCCUCAGCUUGCUUCCCAAGUGCCCCGUGGGCUGGGGCGACCCCCUCACCCUGGGAGAAGCUGGCCCUCCAGGCCUACCCGGGUCCCCCGGGCCAAAGGGGACUCCAGGAAAACCAGGAAGACCAGGAGAGGCGGGCCUGCCCGGCCUGCCCGGCGUGGAUGGUCUGACAGGGAGAGAUGGACCCCCUGGACCCAAAGGUGCUCCUGGAGAGCGGGGCAGUCUGGGACCCCCAGGACCACCUGGGCUGGGAGGCAAAGGCCUUCCAGGACCCCCCGGAGAGGCGGGCGUGAGCGGCCUUCCCGGUGGGAUUGGCCUGCGAGGCCCCCCGGGACCCUCUGGACCCCCAGGCCUGCCCGGACCCCCAGGCCCUCCCGGACCUCCCGGCCACCCUGGGGUCCUCCCGGAAGGCGCCGGUGACUUGCAGUGCCCUGCCAUCUGCCCACCCGGCCCGCCUGGGCCCCCAGGAAUGCCGGGGUUCAAGGGGCUGACAGGCUACAAAGGGGACCAGGGAGAAGUUGGCAAAGACGGAGAGAAGGGUGACCCAGGGCCCCCCGGACCUGCUGGCAUCCCAGGCACUGUGGGGCUACAGGGACCCCGAGGAUCGCGAGGACUGCCCGGGCCCCUCGGACCCCCUGGUGACCGGGGUCCCAUUGGUUUCCGAGGGCCCCCCGGGGUCCCAGGAGCACCUGGGAAAGUGGGUGACAGAGGUGAGCGAGGCCCAGAAGGUUUCCGUGGCCCCAAGGGUGACCUUGGCAGACCUGGUCCCAAAGGACUUCCCGGCGUGGCCGGGCCGGGCGGAGAGCCGGGCAUGCCAGGCAAGGAUGGCCGGGACGGCGUGCCAGGACUGGACGGCGGGAAGGGAGAGGCCGGGCGCAACGGUGCCCCGGGAGAGAAGGGUCCCAACGGGUUGCCGGGCCUUCCUGGACGAGCAGGCUCCAAAGGGGAGAAGGGCGAGCUGGGCAGAGCCGGAGAGCUGGGUGAAGCUGGCCCUUCCGGAGAGCCAGGCAUCCCCGGGGACAUGGGCGUGCCCGGGCAGCGAGGCGAGGCUGGCCACAGGGGCUCCGCGGGGGUCCUUGGCCCACAAGGCCCUCCGGGAGCCCCUGGCGUCCGCGGCUUCCAGGGCCGCAAGGGCAGUGUGGGCGAUCCCGGCCUUCCUGGCCCCCAGGGCCUCCGUGGUGAUGUGGGUGACCGGGGCCCCGGAGGAGCCUCAGGUGCUAAAGGAGACCAGGGCUUCGCAGGUGCUGACGGGCUCCCUGGGGACAAAGGAGAGCUGGGUCCCAGUGGCCCCAUGGGACAGAAAGGAGAGUCUGGCAUUCGGGGGGAGCUGGGCCCCAAAGGCCUUCAAGGACCCAAUGGCACUGGUGGCGUGCAGGGAGUCCCCGGCCCCCCGGGGCCCCUGGGUUUGCAGGGCCUGCAGGGCGUCCCCGGCCCCACCGGGAAAGCCGGCGUUCCGGGCAAGGAGGCCAGUGAGCAGCGGGUCCGGGAGCUGUGCGGAGGCAUGAUCAGCGAGCAAAUCGCGCAGCUGGCUGCACACCUGAGGAAGCCGUUAGCACCCGGCGCCAUCGGCCGGCCCGGCCCCGCCGGCCCCCCCGGCCCCCAGGGCCCCCCGGGCUCCACCGGCCACCCUGGCGCUCGGGGGCCCCCUGGGUAUCGUGGUCCCACCGGGGAGCUGGGAGACCCUGGACCCAGAGGAAGCCGAGGCGACCGAGGAGACAAGGGCACGGCCGGCGCGGGGCAGGACGGACCCGCGGGGGACCAGGGGCUCCAAGGGCCCCCAGGUGUGCCAGGCACCAGCAAAGAUGGCAGAGACGGCGCUCCGGGGGAGCCGGGGCUUCCUGGGGACUCUGGCCUUCCGGGCGCUGUCGGGGCUCAAGGCACGCCAGGAAUCUGCGACACUUCCGCUUGCCAAGGCGCCGUCCUGGGAGGGGGCGGGGAGAAGUCCGGUCCUCGGAGCUCCUGAAGGACGGCUGUCAGGAAGCGGGAAGCCAGCGUGGACGUCGGGGGCAGCGCACAGCAGCCCUGCCCAGGGGGCCGCUCGCA